AUGAAAGUCAUCAUUGCUCUCUGUGUCCUCUUCGUAGGUGCUUAUUGUGCACCUAUGCUCGAUGAACAACUCGGUAAUCAAUGGACAUUAUUCAAACGUGUCCAUGAAAAACAAUACAAUUCAAUUGAAGAAGAAACAGCUCGCCGUAAUAUCUGGGAAGCUAAUCUUGCUAAAAUCCAAAAACACAACGUUGAAGCUGACUUAGGUAUUCAUACAUACACCCUAGGAAUGAAUCGAUUUGGUGAUAUGACCAAAGAAGAAUUCCGUAAACAAAUGAACGGUUUCAAAGUCUCAGCUAAAGAUGAAUCAUUCGAUCGUCAUACAUUCUUAGCUCCAUCAAACGUUGCUAUUCCAGAUGCUGUUGAUUGGCGUACAAAAGGUUACGUAACACCAAUCAAAGAUCAAGGACAAUGUGGAUCAUGCUGGGCUUUCUCAGCGACUGGUUCACUCGAAGGUCAACACUUCGCUAAAACACAACAACUCGUCUCACUCUCCGAACAAAACUUAGUUGAUUGCUCAGGCAAAUUUGGUAACAUGGGUUGUGACGGUGGUUUAAUGGAUUCAGCUUUUCAAUAUAUCAAAGCCAACAAUGGUAUUGAUACCGAAAAAAGCUACCCAUAUGAAGCUCAAGAUGGUAAAUGUCGAUUCAAAAAAGAAAAUGUUGGUGCCACUGAUACUGGUUUCGUUGACAUCAAAGCUCAAAAUGAAACUGAUCUUCAAAAUGCUAUUGCUACAAUUGGUCCAAUUUCAGUUGCUAUUGAUGCAUCACAAGAUUCAUUUCAAUUCUACAAAUCAGGUAUCUACAACGAACCAGAUUGUUCAUCAACCGAACUCGAUCAUGGUGUAUUAGCUGUUGGUUAUGAUAAAUCAGGAUCAGGAGAAUACUACAUCGUCAAAAACUCAUGGGGAACAUCAUGGGGUAACCAAGGAUACAUCUGGAUGAGUCGUAACAAGAAAAAUCAAUGUGGAAUUGCUACCAUGGCCAGCUAUCCACUUGUUUAA